AUGACUAUCAGUAUCCCCGACGAGUAUGCCGAGCUCAUGAAACCCAUUAACAAGGGCCACUUCCUAUACACCCCUCAGCGAUUCAGUGACCUGCACCCUGGUGCGGUCGGCUUUUUCGAUAAGCAGGGAGGCUGGAAUCUGAUUACCGACCUUUCAGUUCCUGGCCGUCCUGAAAAGGAUGGCUUCAAAGCACCCAGCCAAGUCGUUAACUACGAAAAGCCCACCGAAUCAAUCUGGAGAUCCACAAGUUCGAGCAGCGAAGCCGAGUCUAGCUUUGGGCUCAAGGCUGGAGUUUCUGCUGCUGCCGCUGCCGCUCCCAUCGAUGUCUCUGCUGAGGCGAAGAACAAAUGGGGCCAGACCGGCAACGCAGCUCUCAUCACUGACGACUCCGUCGUGGUGAACGAGUGGCUGAAGGUCCCCUGCAGAGAUGUUAUCACGAAGUGGGUUGAGCAGAACGCCAAAGACCUCGUCAAGGGUGAUUGGGGUAGCUACAUCAAGGAUUAUGGACUGUGGGCCAUCAAGAAGACAUGGUCUACUCAGGAGUGUGCUAUCAAGAUGACCAGCGCCCACAACCGGGAUACCAGCGGUGGAGUAGACCUCUCGGGCACCGGUAUCGGCAAGGUUGGCGCAAGCGGCUCCUCAAUGUCCAAGAGCACCAACGAGGGCUGGAGGACAUACAAGGCUACAGAGGAGGAGAAAGCACUCGUCGUUUCGUACGGCGGAGCCGCAUUCAGACUUCACAAGAUCCAAAUGUUCCACAGCAAGAACCCACUCAAACAAACCGAAAGAGCAGCCACCGACAUCCAGGAGAUUUACAAGCCUAUUUUCGAUGAGAACGGAAACCAGAUUGGCGGAGAGUACUUCCGGCCCGUAUAUGACGAGAACGGAAAGCAAAUUGGAGAGGAGAAGUUCGACAAGGAGGCCGAGGAGAAGGCGAGAGAGGAGGAGCAGAAGAAACUCGAAGAGGAGAACCCAAAUGCUGAGGAUGACUUCUAUGUUGAAUCUGGUGAUGUUAUUGGAGAGGAUGAUGAGGAGGAGGAGCUGGAGAAAGAAGCAGCUCGUGCAAAGGCUGAGGAGGAAGCACAAAGUCGUGGCGACUUCUCCGCCAAAGCCAGAGCCAUCUAUGCAGAUGAAUCUCUGGAUGAAGAACAGAAGAAACAGGCCGUGAAGGACUUGUUUGAGGCAAACACAACAAUUACGACCACUACGUUGACGCCUGUGACGACUGUUACUACGACUUUGAACUGA